AUGAUAAGAGGAGGAAGGCACUUUGAAUUUCAUGUGAAUGACCAUGUGUUCUUGAGGGUUACUCCAGUGACAAGUGUCGGUAGAGCUUUGAAAUUGAGAAAGCUUACACCGCGUUUUAUUGGUCCGUAUCAAAUUUCAGAGAAGAUUGGUAAGGUGGCUUAUCAGGCCGCGUUACCACCCUCACUUUUGAAUAUUCAUGAUGUGUUUCAUGUAUCUCAAUUGAGGAAAUACAUUCUGGAUUCUUCGCAUGUGGUUCAGAUGGAUGAGUUGCAAGUGAGGGACAACUUGACUGUAGAAGCACUACCCAUGCGAAUAGAAGGUCGAGAAAUGAAACAACUACGAGAUAAAUAG